AUGGCCGCACCGGUGGCCUGGGAGGGCAAUGGAGCACCAGUAGUAUCGAAGACAGAGCUGGAAGUGUUGCAAAUGAGGGCCAAUUCAACGACCAAUGACUCGCUGGAGUCGACGCGACGGAUGGUAGCCCUCUGUGACGAGUCAAAGGAGGCGGGAAUCCGGACACUCGUACACCUCGACCAACAGGGCGACCAACUGGACCGCAUCGAUGAGGACAUGGAUAGGAUCAACGCCGACAUGAAAGAGGCCGACAUUAAUCUGAGGGAAAUGGAGAAGUGCUGCGGACUGUGUGUCUAUCCAUGCGGUAAGACCAAGGGGUUCAAGGAGGACGCGGGCACCUGGAGGUCGUCGGGCGAUGGCGUCGUGUCCGGGCAACCCACUCGUGGGGUCGAUGAGCGCAAGGGUGGGGCCGUUGGGUCGACGCAAUACAUCGUACGGAUCACCGAAGACGCGCGCGAAGACGAGAUGGAGGACAAUAUGGGACGGGUGUCCGCUAUGAUCGGGAACAUGAGGAAUAUGGCGGUCGAUAUGGAACAGGAGAUCGAGUCUCAGAUCCGACAGUGCGAUGGAAUCAUUCAGAUGGCGAUUUCCAAUGAGAACCAAAUACAAGACGCCAACGACAGGGCUCAAAAACUUUGCAAAUAG